AGUGCCCAGGCUUGAGACGCUGCACAUUUGCGAUCGGCAAACCGCGCGCCUGGAACGACAUCUUCACCCACCCCCAACGUCACCGCUCCAUGCCCUAACUUCCUCCGUUGCCUCUCCUCGCGCGAAGACUCUAACCUUCCUCUGGCUCCAACGUACAGCCCACCAUGAACGUUAUUCGGCGCAUUGGCAGGUCCUUCUCCCCUAUCGAAAAGUCGGACGAGGGUCGCGAUCAAUGGCCUUCUCGCGCAGGCUUUCUCCUCGCCGCGGUAGGAGGGGCCAUUGGCAUGGGCAACCUGCUGCGCUAUCCCAGCGUUGUCUUUAACAAUCAUGGGCUCCAGUGGUUUAUUCCAUACCUCAUGGCCAUCUUCAUCAUUGCCAUUCCAGGUCUCAUCCUCGAAGUGGCCAUUGGACAGGCAUACCAAGGCGGCACCGUCGUCGCGUACAACCACAUGAACAAGCGACUCAAGGGCACAGGCAUGGGCCUCCUCUUCAUCGGCUUCGUCGUCAGCACCUACUUCAACACCAUAGUUGCCUGGAUCAUGACCUUUUUCCGCCAUUCGUUCCAAAGCCCGCUACCUUGGCAAGGCCGUUCACAAGAAUUCUACGUCCAAAAUGUUCUUCGAAGGGUCGAGCCAAUAGAAGGCAGCUUAAGCGCCGACGGAAGCAGCGUGCUGUCCUAUACCCAGUACCCUGGCACUGGCAUCGUUGGCGAAGUCGCUGGGUGGUCAGCAUUUGUCUGGUUCCUCACCUGGCUAUGCAUCUUCCAAGGGGUUGCCGUGACCGGGCGCGUCGUCUAUUUCACCAUGGGCUUACCGGUUGUAAUGACUAUUAUCCUCAUUGGACGCUCCGUCUCCUUGCCCAAUGCGGGAGAGGGCGUGAAGCUUUACUUCGCGACUUGGAAUGGCGGUAAACUGGCAUCGUCGGGCAUCUGGCAGGCAGCGUGCGGCCAGGUUUUCUUCUCCACAGGGGUCGGCUUUGGAUACUAUACCGCCUAUGCGUCGUACAACAGGAAGUUCGCCAACGCCGUUCAGGACGCCAUCAUCAUCGUAUGCAGCAAUGCCUCCUUCGAAGCUAUCGCCGCGUUCGCAGUGUUUGGCGUUGUCGGCUACCUCGGUCUCGACCCCGACAGCGGCGAGACGCUCGCGGGCUCUUUCGAUGUCGGCUUCGUCACCUAUCCGGAAGCGCUUGCAGAGAUGCCGGCCGCGCCCUUUUGGGCCGUGAUCUUCUUCCUCACGCUGCUGUUUCUCGGGGUAAGCUCGGCUUUCGCCAUGAUCGAUGCCAUUGUGACGCUCGUUAUGGAUAUGAGCCCCAAGCUUUCGCGGCCACUUGUCGUCACCAGCCUCAUAACCAUGAUGUACCUACUAUCCCUCCCUUACUGCACGGAGUUCGGAUACUAUCACCUCAACGGGAUCGAUGCUUGGACGAGCAACAUGGCGCUCAUUUUCGUAGUAUGGUCCGAAUGCGUCACCUCCACGACCGUCUAUCGCUGGAAGGAUGUCGUCAGCCAAGUUGGGGUGCCGGCCUUUGUAACGUAUAAUGUUGGAUAUUUUGGUGGCCAGAUCUUUGGUGUCGCAGUAGGGCACGCUGUAAGCCCUUCCGCUGGGGCCGGGCUUGGUUUCGGUCUCUUCAUCGCGGGAACAGCGAUCGCGCUCUUAAUAGCGAAGAGUCCAGACUCUCGAGCGCCGCGUUUCUGGGGGAGAAAUCUAUACACGAGCCGGCUAUGGUAUAUGGCAUUCUAUUCGGGCAAUCAACUUAAGCGCGACUUGAACGUCAUUGUCGCAACCGGCAAAAACUGGAGUAUUCCUGUCUUCUGGUCGCCCCUCUUGCGCUACGCCUCGGCACCCAUUCUAGCCAUCAUCUUCAGCUUCGCCUAUCCCAGCUUCUACCAAGUGCGAUACGAUCCGCUGAAUAUAGUAGGCUUCGCGGCCGCACACUGCUGUCUGCUCAUCAUCGUGCUCGGCUUUAUCGUCCCAAAGUGGUUCGACGUAUUCAUUCCUCCGGAGCGGCGCGAAGAGGGCGAUGUCAUUACAGCUCCGCAUGUGGUGAGCGGCGUCAUCGAGGCACACAGGGACCAUGAGAUUGAGAGUGGGUCGGCGGAGAUCGAGCACAAGGGAGCUUCUGAGCCGAAGACGCCCUAAAGGGUCGGGCUGGGAGCACUUAUUGCCUAGCGGAAGGGUUUUUCAUGUUUCCUGUCACUUCCGGGUCAGCCAGCGUCACUUGACUUAUGCAGAGCACGGAUACCAGGGAUUGCCUUCGAUAGAAUUUCUUCUUUGCCUAUAUGGGCCUGACUGCCAUGGCUGGUAAGCCCGAGCGGUUAUCUCCCAUUUUCGCAUACGCAUACACGUCAUUCCCAGCUCACUGAGGUGCCACUCGUCUCUGUAUUUGUUUCGAAGCAAUCCCUCAAUCAUUAUGCAAUUGACAGGAGACCUCCGGAGACCAGGAGAUUGCAUACGAGUAUGGCGUUGAAUACCAACAAGGUCGUUCUGGA